CAGGGAGUCGACCCACAAUCAGAUCUGUGAUCUGCCACUAAUGAAACUCCCCCAGCAUGGCUUCAAACCACUGGGCCACCGUGCGCCCAUGAUGUGUGACGCCCAGUGUGGGACAACCAAGAGACGAAGCCAUAACUCCUGGCAGUUUCCAGGUCGAAUAGACGCUGGAGCACAGCACAAUGCCUGGACGUAAUGAAUAUUUAACAAUCGAGGGUUGGCAGGAUUAUUGCGGAAGGUAAAAGCAAGAGGGAUUAGCUAAUUUCUAAGACGUUUUUCACCAAGUUGACGACAGUAAUCCCUCUAUUGGAAUCCCCGAACCAGCCAUAAUAGAUCGAAGGAAAAGCGGAUCGCUGGAUCAGUGAGGGUUUCCUGAACACCAAUGAUUUGGAUUUUAUAAACCUAUUAGACUGCGCGCGAGCAGUCCCGGCGGAGAGGCAAGUCCAGUCGACAGGCUACUGGAUACGAACGCUAACACGAGGUGCAGGUCUAUCAAAGGGAUAAUAGCUGGUUAAUGGAGUCUGUUAGACGCUAGUUAAUGCUUGGCGUGUUUUCAGGCGAGUCGGAAAUCAGUGUGUUUGCCUAUGUAGGAGCAAUUAAUUAUUUUGAAUUUUAAUCAAAAUUAUUUUGAUUCAAGAAAUGAUUGUAAAUCAGAUAGCAUGUAGAUGACGGCGGAACCUUUUCUAAGUAAUCAAGAUCGAACUCCUAGAAGACAAAAAUUAUCACUCAGUUAAUUGGAUAACAAAAAACAAACCUUAACGACUGAAAUCACCCCGGGCCAUGAGACUAGUUCGUGAAAUAUAUAUUUAAGCGUGUGGUAUUCCCCCGAAGACAAAGGAGUACCUGCCAUUUAGCCACCUCUCAAGGCUGUAAAGAAACAUUUCAACAUCAGAGAUUCAGACAGAGACUUCGUUCCGCUGUCAGUGUAGAGAUGGCGAGCUCGCCGGAUGCCCCCCUUCGAGGCCCUGACUCCGAGGACGGGACGGUUGUGACGGAGCCGGUCAGCAAGGCGGGGUCUAAACGCUCUCAUGCAUCAUCAACACUCAGCAAGUCAUCAUGGGUAGUGUACGGCAGCCCUUUGUGGCACAGAGACCGGGUGCCGUCCUCCAUCCGGUCCCUCCCGCCCAUUCCGACACUGAAGGGGCUGGAGGAAAACUUCGUCAACGACAGCGUCAAGACAACGACGUCCAGCCGGUCGGGGAGGAAUCCAAUCAUCCCCCAAUACGACGCCGUGGGUGACAAAUACGCCAAACACUACUUCAUGUCCCCCAACGUCCGCGCCAUGAUGGAGAGAAACAAGGCCGUCAGGUCACACAAGGAGUCACAGCAUUCCAGCAGGAGCCUCAACAAGCUUAGUUUCCGUCGGAAAUGUCGCCUCACACCAAAUGCUGACGAGAUGGAGUUGCGGGAGUUACAAUUUGUCAACGACGGAAUCAUCACGGAAAGACGACGAACCAAAUACAAGGAUAUUAUCCCUCCUUACGACGCCACAGAAGAUCAACAUUCCAAAGGUUAUUUCAAACGCCCGGAUAUAAAACGCCUUGUAACCGUUACGUGCUCACCGCGAAGUCCCAGAGUCAACUGAUGAGGAACCAGAUCAUAUCAGAAUUGAAGAAUGAGGAUGAUGGAGAUUUAACGAGCGCUUCCGGAGAAACCUUUUUUAUACUCGGACUGAGAAUUGGGCCUUCAGGGUUAAAGAAGAGAGACGUACCAAAAUCCUAGCAAAUAGGUUUCACGGUGUGCAAAAAUCGAUUUCGAUAUAAUUUAUGUUUGAUUGAUUUGAAGCAAGCGUAUGCUUCAGAGUAAGUCUUGUUAUGUUUUCGAUACACAUGAACGGAUAUGCUAGUGAUGGGUGAUUCAGAACUACUUCACUAGUUUCAACAAAUCAAUAUUACAAGUCAGUAUUAAGGCGUUUAUGCUUGUAUGGUCGGGUCUUCCAAUGGUUAAAGUUGAGUUAAGUGGAGGAGUCAAAUAUCGUUUAUAUAUAGAGUGUGUGCGUUUUACGCCGCUUUGAACAGUAUCCCAGUUAUAUCGAGGCGUUUCAGUUUAAUGUGGGAGGAAAGUUCGAAGUGAUGCAGAUCUCAGACGUUUGCCAUUUUGGUGAAACCCACGAUCAUGGGUAUAGUACUGACAAACCUAGAAACAACAUCAGGGCAAGGCGGUUAAAGAACCCAAGGUUUCUGGCGUGCCUAAGGGACGGCCACCCGUCCCCUCGUUUUAAAAUAAGACACGCAUGUAGGUUAGAAGUUGACGACGCAGCAGGAUGUGGCUCUGACAAAAGACGCGUCACAUCAUGUGCUGCCGCAAUCAACAUCAAAUCUGGUCAAUCUGCAAUUGACAAAUACAAGCAAGAGGUCAACUAAGGGGAGAUAAUUAUGAAAGAGAAGAUUACUUCUCAUUAUCUCAAAUAUCUUAUUAAUGGUUGUCAUCACUUUUAAUACUUGCAAUUUUAUUGGGAGGGACAGGGGCAUAACUGGUUGUUUUCUCCAAGAAAAUAUUUUUCUUCAAUUGUUUAUUUUGUUUUUCAAUUUAGGAUUUUGGAUUUGUUUCUGACGACUUGAAUUGAAUUUGAUCCGGGUUGAUUCCAGUUUGUUUCUCGCCCCGUUGUGUGUCUUCCAGAAUUAUCCGACAAUGUAACAGAAAUCAUGCACAUUCAUCACCACCUUUACGCCAUUUCAUCUGACACCAUUCUCUGUUUGCAUCUUCUUCUUUGUUAGUUUGAGUUCUCCAGAUGGAUGUAAACCAUUAUGUAUCUACAUACUGUCUGGCUUGCUUACCCUCCCCUGUAUAUCUACCCUCCCCUCUAUAUCUACCUUCCCCUCUAUAUCUACCUUCCCCUGUAUAUCUACCCUCCCUAUAUA